AUGGCAGCACGCCUCAAUCUCGAUUCAGACGCCGACGACCUUGAAUUGUCGUGCCGAGUAAUUGGGGUAAGUUCACAAGGGAAAUUGAUGCUAGGCAAACUAAACCAAGAUAUAUUUAAACGAGACUAAAAUUAACUCAUUCAUCCAUCCAUCCAUAUGAAAUACCAAAAAUCCAUGGGAGCUUUUAAACACAAAUUAGAAUCUCUCAAUCUUUCUUUCAUAACACUUAACUUGUAAUAUUCCUUUAUACAUACUACAUUUUCAUAUCUAAUAUAUUGAUGUAAACUUGUACAUAAAAUUUUAAAAAACUUAAUUGUAAUUAUUAUAGUUCACGGCUUUUGGGAAGAACAAAAGAGCAAUGUAUUGUAAUUUUUUAUCAAAGUUGCCGUGGUUAAAUAAAGUUUUCUAUCUAUCUAUCUGUCUGUCUGUCUGUCUGUCUAUCUAUCUAUCUAUCUAUCUAUCUAUCUGUCUAUCUAUCUAUCUGUCUGUCUGUCUUUCUGUCUGUCUAUCUAUCUAUCUAUCUAUCUAUCUAUCUAUCUAUCUACCUGUCUACCUAUCGAUCUGUCUGGCAUUUAUUCACCCACACUGCUCACUCACAUAUACAUAUUUAAUGUUCUAGAAGAGGAAAGAGAUCCUAAAAUCAAAAUGCAAUUGACGAAUUUUUCUUUUAGUUUGCUUUCAUACCUAUCAUCUUAGAAGUUAUUGUGCGAUCUUUUAGUUAAUUAGUUAUUCUAGUAGACAUCAUAAUCUUUAUUGUAAUCAGAUCAAUACCUCCCUUUCGGGAGUAAGGCGCAAUAAAGAUUUUCUGUUACUGUUACUCACUCACUCACUCACUUACUCACUCACUCAACCGAUCACCCACUCACUCACUCACCCACCCACCCACCCACUCACCCACUCACUCACUCACCCACUCACUCACUCACUCACUCACUCACUCACUCACUCACUCACUCACUCACUCCUCACUCACUCACUCACUCACUCACUCACCCACCCACCCACCCACCCACUCACUCACUCACUCACUCAUGCAUUCAUUGAUUCCCUCACCCACCCACUCAUUCACUCACUAACCCACCCAACCACCCAGCCAACUACGUACUCAUUAACCCACUCACUCGCUCACUUACCAGGAGCCUAAUGACCUACUCAUUUAUAUAUUUAGUUAUUUAUUUAUUUAAUGACGUAAAGUUCUUAGUUCCUUUUCUUUGCUUCAUUUUAUCAGGAUUAUGAUACAUGCUUGGCAGACGUUCUCGAGAAAACUCCAUCUCCAGUCCCAAAAGUUUUUCUGUUCUAUGGUGCUGAGGCUUAUCAGACCUCUUAUCUUCUCAAGAAAGCAAAUCUUUGUCCAGGGAUAAAAGUACGAUAA